AUGGCUUUAAGAAGUGGACGUGACACGUUUUUGCUUCUUUUAGUUUUGGUAUUAUCCAGUAUUAUAAUCCACGAUCGGAUAUUCGAAGAGACCAUAAGCAAAGCAGUGGUUACCAAGCCAUUUGGUAGAGAUAUUACUAAGUGCGAAUGCGAUUCCCAAAUUAGCGAAGUCAAAAGUAAGAUUCUAACAACAACAACAACGACUACUUCGACUCGUGUACCUGAAUCUACCAAGCAAAUCUCUAAUGCGGCAAUUGCAAGAACCAAGGUUACGACACUUGGAUUACCAAAGCUUUUAUCUGUUCCCGGGUUAGUCAAUUUGAACACAGCGUUUGGGAGUACAAUAUGGAGACAGUACCUCCCAGAGUUAGAUGCCCAUCUUACUAAAGUGGAAAGUGGGUUUGUAAAAUGGCCGGUUGAUGUACGAAAAACGACAAGCCCUAAUACAACCGAGUUAACUGUGGAGACGGGACAAGCACCCCUGUUUGUUGGUGAUACUUUGAAAGCUACUAUAAUUGCUAGGGACUUUGACGGUAACGAUAAAACCUACGGUGGAGAUUAUUUUAUUGCAAGGUUGAUAAGAAUCCUCCCCGAUGGAAAGACAAACAACGAUGGUAUAGCUUGCCAUAUAGAAGACGAAGGGACUGGGACGUACAAAGUAUCCGUGCCUCUUUUAUGGAGCGGGAAGUCACAUUUGAUUGUUCAUAUGGUUCAUUCAAGCGAAGGAAUUACACAGCUUGUUCAUAAUACUUCCGCGUAUAUUGGACCUGGCGCCAUCCACCAAGCUACGUUUCCACAGGGAGAGAAAACUCAAUGUGAUGUGAUGCUUGCUGGUCAAAAGCAAGAAAAUACGUGCGACUUUUCCGAGCCUGAAAAAGGUGUGUCUUGGUUCUGUGUAAAACCAAAAAACGAAAGUUGUCCGAAAGCUGUGACCUGGAUGGAAACAACGUAUACCUGGGCAGCCGAAACCCAUCUGAUCAUGGGUGUCGUAGACCCACUGUAUCAAAAAGAUAUAAACUGGAACGUUCGUAUCAACGGUUCGGGGAGCGCUGUUGUUGUUUUCGAUGAUGGACAGAACGACAGGAAAGAACUAACAACGUGCAAAACGAACAGUGGGAUACAAACACUGGAUCCUAAUUUACCGGCUGGGUUAUUCAUAGACGGCAGGUGGAAAUCACUACACUGUGCAAAUCAGGAUAGCAACAUGGCGCGUUUGAAGCGGUGCUUUCAAAAUAAGGUUGUGUACCUGAUUGGUGAUUCUACAAUGCGCCAGUGGUACUAUGAAAUUGCUGGAGAAGCCCAGCUUGUGACUAAAAGCGAAAACACAACUGUGGUCUGGCAGCAACCGCGGACCGGUACGAACAAAGCAUACAACAUUACGGUAUAUUACCGAGGCCAUUCGAACCCAGUCCAUAACCCAGGGCCACCGCGUAGCAGUCCGUUUCUGACCGAUACAAUCGAUGAAAUUACGGGAAGUGAUGGCAAAGAUAUAAUGAUUUUCUUUAACAUCGGUUUACAUUUUAACCUUUAUGACCCUUCUGUUUUUCUACAAAGACUAACUGCUGUUAAGAAUUCGUUCAUUACCUUACUACGUCGGCUACCUAAAGCAAAGAUUGUUAUUCGUGGGACAAAUGUACAUAAAAAUAGCAAAAUUACUUGCCCGUCCCAUUGGUUUAGUUACAGAUUUCAUAAAAUCCUACAAACAUUUUUCUCCGAUAUUCCCGGUGUUGGUUUUCUUGAUACGUGGGACAUGACAACUGUUCACCCACAAGAAGAUGUGCACCCCGAUAAAAAUAUGGUGCUUAGCCAAAUUACAAUGAUGCUUUCUUAUGUAUGUGGAACUAUAUAA